AUGGCUCUUAGUGCCCGGUGUGGGCAGCGGUCACUAACAUCCCUGCUGAGACAGCGAUGCAUAUCCACCGCUGAACAGAACGCCCGACUCCUCGCGCCAGCCCGAGCCUUCUCGACCAGGUCCGCCAGAGAUAUACUUGCUCGCUCACAGACGCUGCAGAAGUCGGCCUCAUGGCGGUCCUCGCGGCAGUUCUCGCUGACGGCGCGCAGUCUGGCGGCCGGCCAGGAAGCUCCCAGCGCGCAGUCAUACCUGGCCAGCGGGGCCGUCAAGGGCUCCGGACAGCUGGUGGACGUCAAGAAGGUGCUGGUUAUCGGGAGUGGAGGACUGAGCAUCGGACAGGCCGGUGAAUUCGACUACUCUGGAUCACAAGCUCUCAAGGCACUCAAGGAAGCUGGCGUAAAGUCAGUCCUCAUCAACCCGAACAUUGCGACUAUCCAGACCGACCACAAGCUCGCAGACGAGGUCUACUAUCUACCCGUCACCCCAGAGUACGUCACCUACGUGAUCGAGCGGGAGCAGCCCGAUGGCAUCUUCCUGACCUUCGGAGGCCAGACGGCCCUCAACCUGGGCGUCCAGAUGAACCGCAUGGGCACCUUUGAGCGGUACGGCGUCAAGGUGCUCGGAACGAGCAUCAAGACGCUCGAGACCAGCGAGGACCGUGACCUCUUCUCCAAGGCCCUCAACGAGAUCAACAUCCCAAUUGCAGAGUCCAUCGCUGUCAGCACCGUCGACGAUGCCCUGGAAGCUGCUGGCAAGAUCGGAUACCCCAUCAUCGUCCGUUCAGCCUACGCCCUAGGUGGUCUGGGGUCGGGUUUUGCAAACAACCCGGAUGAGCUGAGAGACCUGUCCUCCCGAUCUCUCACCCUCGCUCCCCAGAUCCUCGUUGAGAAGUCCCUGAAGGGAUGGAAGGAGGUCGAGUACGAGGUCGUCCGUGACGCGAGCAACAACUGCAUUACCGUCUGCAACAUGGAGAACUUUGACCCUCUCGGCAUCCAUACCGGAGACAGCAUCGUCGUCGCACCCAGUCAGACCCUCUCUGACGAGGAAUACCACAUGCUCCGAACGGCUGCCAUCAAGAUCGUUCGCCAUCUCGGCGUCGUGGGAGAGUGUAAUGUCCAGUAUGCCCUCCAGCCAGACGGUCUAGACUACAGAGUCAUCGAGGUCAACGCCCGUCUUUCUCGAUCUUCCGCCCUGGCUUCCAAGGCCACCGGUUACCCGCUCGCAUACACCGCAGCCAAGAUCGGGCUCGGCCAUACCCUGCCAGAGCUACCUAAUGCCGUUACAAAGACUACGACCGCCAACUUCGAGCCUAGCUUGGACUAUAUCGUCACCAAGAUCCCGCGAUGGGAUCUGAGCAAGUUCCAGCACGUCAAGCGUGAUAUCGGAAGUUCCAUGAAGUCCGUCGGAGAGGUCAUGGCUAUCGGCAGGACGUUUGAAGAGUCGUUCCAAAAGGCUAUUCGACAGGUUGACCCGGGCUUCAUCGGUUUCCAGGGUGACAAGUUCGAGAACCUAGAUGAUGUUCUCAAGAACCCGACUGAUCGCAGAUGGCUUGCUGUUGGCCAGGCUAUGCUUCAUGAAGGAUACUCUGUCGACAAGGUCCAUGAGCUCAGCAAGAUCGAUAAAUGGUUCUUGUACAAGCUGCAGAAUAUCGUGGACAUGCACAAGGCGUUGCAGGAUAUCGGAAGCUUGUUCGGCAUCCAGAAGAGUAUCAUGCUCGAUGCUAAGAAGAUGGGUUUCUCUGAUAAGCAGAUUGCCCUCUGUGUCGGCUCUACUGAAGACGAUGUUCGUGCUCGCCGAAAGGGCUUCGGUAUCCGUCCGUGGGUGAAGAAGAUUGAUACCCUGGCCGCUGAAUUCCCAGCUGAUACUAACUACCUCUACACUACCUACAAUGCUUCAUCGCACGACGUCACCUUCGAUGACCACGGUACCAUCAUUCUUGGAAGCGGAGUCUACAGAAUCGGAAGCUCCGUCGAGUUCGACUGGUGUGCCGUCAACGCUACUCUCUCCUUGAGAAAGAUGGGCAAGAAGACAGUCAUGAUCAACUAUAACCCCGAAACCUACUCGACCGACUUCGACACCGCCGACAAGCUCUACUUUGAAGAACUCAGCUACGAACGAGUCAUGGACAUCUACGAGCUCGAGAAUGCCAGCGGCGUCGUCGUCUCCGUCGGUGGCCAGCUUCCUCAGAACAUCGCCCUCCGACUCCAGGAGACUGGCGGCGCAAAGGUUCUCGGAACCGAUCCCAAGGAUAUCGACAAGGCUGAGGACCGUCACAAGUUCUCUCAGAUCUUGGAUAGUAUCGGUGUCGACCAGCCUGCAUGGAAGGAACUUACUUCCGUUACUGAGGCAGAGGCCUUUGCUGAUUCCGUCGGAUACCCCGUCCUAGUCCGACCCAGCUACGUUCUCUCCGGAGCUGCGAUGAGCGUCAUCUACAGCAAGGACGAACUCAAGAACAAGCUCCUCUCUGCCAGCUCCGUGUCUCCCGACCACCCCGUCGUCAUCACCAAAUUCAUCGAAGGUGCCGAAGAGAUCGAUGUCGACGCCGUUGCUUCGUCAGGUAAACUCAUCCUCCACGCCGUCAGCGAACAUAUCGAAGCCGCAGGCGUCCACUCCGGAGAUGCCACUCUCGUCCUCCCACCAGCCAACCUGGAAGAAUCCAUCAUGGCCCGCGUCAAGGAAAUCGCAGAAAAGGUCGCCAAAGCAUGGAGCAUCACCGGCCCAUUCAACAUGCAAAUCAUCAAAGCCAAGAACCCCGACGGCGGCGAACCUCUUCUCAAAGUCAUCGAGUGCAACCUUCGUGCUUCCCGCUCAUUCCCCUUCGUUAGCAAAGUACUAGGCACAAACUUCAUCGACGCAGCCACCAAGGCGCUCGUAGGCCGCGACGUCCCCGAACCCGUCGACCUCAUGGCCGAGAAACGAAACUACCUCGCUACCAAAGUGCCUCAGUUCAGCUGGACUCGACUUGCUGGCGCCGACCCAUUCCUCGGCGUCGAAAUGGCUAGUACGGGAGAAAUCGCCUGUUUCGGCAAAGACCUCAUUGAAGCAUACUGGGCCUCGCUGCAGUCGACCAUGAACUUCCGCAUGCCUGAACAGGGCGAAGGUCUCCUCUUCGGCGGUGACACUGACAUGGUCGAAUUGCCUAAGAUAGUCGACUAUCUUCACCCACUCGGUUACAAGCUGUUCGUUGCAAGUGACAAGGUGAAACAGUUCCUUGAAUCCAACGCCAAGGCCAAGGACCUGAACAUUGAAGUCAUCGAGUUUCCCAAGCAAGAUAAACGUGCCUUGCGAGAGGUUUUUGAGAAAUAUGAUAUUCGCGGAGUAUUCAAUGUCGCCAAGGCGCGAAGCAAGCAUCUCCUCGAUGAGAACUAUGUCAUGCGACGAAACGCAGUUGACUUUGGAGUGCCGCUCUUCAUGGAACCGAAGACUGCCCUCCUCUUCGCCCAGUGUAUGAGUGAGAAGCUCCCCCGAAAGGAGGGAAUCCCAGACGAAGUUCGCAGCUGGUCAAACUUCGUUGGAAGAAAAUUAGUGUAA